UUCCAGAGGAAACUGGCCAGGAAGUGCGGCACGUUAAAGAAUGUUUACUGACUUUAACUGGUUGGUGGACAGCGGUUCUUGAAAGCCACGCCUGCUGAACAUCAGUCUGGAACAUCAGCACUUAAAUCACAAGGAAGUAGACGGUGUGAUAACGGAGCUGUUCUAUGAAACGAAGAAAUGAGCUUCUGGUCGCUUUCGGUAGGAUCACCAAAACCGACUAAAAACCUAACACUGACUUACGAUGCCCCAAAUGAAGAGGACAUCUUCACCGCUGGAGACACUGUCACAGGCACGCUUUCGUUCACUUUGACCAAAGACACUAAAGUGAAAAGUGUAAGUGUCAAAUUUAAAGGAUUCGCAUACGUAUCCUGGUCAGAGGGAGAUGGAGAUGACAGUACGUCAUACUCUGCAAUUAGGAACUUCUUCAAAUUCAAAGAUCUACUUGUUGAAAAUAAACCAAAAGGCACUGUGCUUCCAAAGGGAGAGCAUGUCUUUAAAUUCAAGUUCCAAAUUCCAUCGGGAGAUCUGCCAUCAUCCUUCAACAGCUCUUGUGGACAAAUCACCUACAUGCUUGAAGCAAAGAUAUGCAGGAGCUGGAGGUUCCCUUUGAAAGAGCAAAAGCAGCUCAGAUUUACUAGUAUAUCCUCUCAGAUUCCCCUCCAGUGUCCUGUCUCUGGUUCGGUGAGAAAAGGAAAGGUUGAAAUGUCUGCUACUGUUGACAAAAAGGUCUGCUGUCCAGGGGACAUUUUGUCAGUUGUUGCCAAUAUCUGCAACUCCUUCUCCUCAAAAGCAGUCAGGCCAAAAUUCCAGUUAAUCAAAAGAGAAAUCUACCGCGCUGAAGGCUCCACUACCAGCAGUAACCUAUCUCAUGGAAAAGUGGUUGGGAAAUAUAUUGCAGCAAACUCAAAGGAAACUGUCUCCUGUCAGCUGAGGGUUCCUGUAGAUGCUGUUGACAGCAUCCAUAACUGUGAAAUCCUCACAGUGGAAUAUUAUGUGAAGGCAUAUGUGGACAUCAGUUUUGCCAUUGAUCCAGAGAUAGAGCUCCCAGUGGUGGUUAUUCCUGCCAGAUUUGCUUCCCAAAUGCAUGAUGAGACUAUGGGGACUGACUUUGCCAGCCAUUUCCCUGCUCCAGACUUCCCUGCUGGACCUUAUCCUGUACCUGCUGGUCUAGGUGCCCCCUUUCAGCCUGGACAAGCUGUCUUGCCUUACCCAGUCGGGGCUGUUGGUGCACCAGGUUACAGUGACUUCCCUCCUCAAGGACCCUCUUGUGCACCCACAGUUCAAGGUGCUUAUGGAUACCAAGCACGAGCUCCUACUCAACAUGCUCCCUCAACAAGUGGCUUUAAUAACCAGUGGUCACAGCAGGUUCCUCCUGAUGGUGAUCCCUUGGCAGUUUUCCACCCAAAAGCCCCCACUGCUCAGCCUCAGCAAGGACAAAACCCUCCAAACUACAUGUCUCUUUUCCCCUCUCCUACUUAACAAACACAGACUGUUUACUACUAACAGGUAUUUAUCCACGUCUGUUCACCUAACUCAGGGCCUUUCCCUCAUCCAUCAUCACUUCCUUUUUCUCCUGUGAGUGAGAAAGAAAUCUGAAACAUUGCAUUAUGUCUAGAUCUAACUGGUGCUGGUCAUGAUGACCUUAGAAUUAAAAAGUGAACCAGCACCUCUCCUCUUUUUCACUGCCACUGUCAUACCUUCAGUCAUUCUCUUCAAACAGGUGUUGAACUAGACCACCUGAAAUGAGCCAAAGUUAUCCGAGUAUUCAAAACCCAUUAUCAGAUGACAUUUUCAAAUAUCCACAAAUUUCCUUGUUAAUCUGUUAUUUCAAAAUACUUGAAAAAUAGUUAACAAGAGAUAAGUCAAAGACCUAAACCAAUGCUUCUCAAUUGGUUGAUCAGUCCCUAAAAGCGGGCCACAGACAUUUUUUAGUGGAAAAAAAAACUGUGACAUAAAGUCCACAAUGUAUGCAAGUUUUAAGCAGCAUAUACAUUUGAUUUUAUUCUGUUUUUCCCAUUAAACAAGUAUAUUGUUAUUGUUUUCUAAAGAUCUAAAACUCACUUAACUCCUUUUCUGGAUGUAACUGAACUCCUUUUUUCAUUUGAAUUUGUUAAUUUCUCAAAAUAAUAAGACAACCAAAAUUUACGCCUUAUUUUAGUGUAAGGAAUAAAAUACAGUGUACUCAUGCAUGUCAGUGUAGGGUUUCUUUAAUGACACACUUGUCCUGUCUCUUUGUACAGUCAUGAUUUUUAUUAUUUAUGGUGCACACUCAAUUUUCUUGAUUAAAUAAACUUAAGUUGUUGAGAUUUUUCAGGAAUUUGGGUCACGAUGGCUCAUUUAAGAAGUGGUGGUUGGUCCUGAGGCUAGACCAGUUGAGAACCACAGUCUACUAUCUGAUUAUCAAUAUGGACUCUGUGAAAGUAAUUCUGCCUCUAUGGCUCUGAUCCAUUUGGCUUAUAAAAUAUCUGCAGCUUCAGGUAGCUACUAUGAAUAAAAACAAUCUCCAUUCAGACUUUGUAUUAUAAGAAGUUUGUCCACAUUGUUACUUACUCCAGCUGGAGUGCUCAUAUGGUUCAAAUAAUUCAAAGCCUGUGAUUAUAAACAUAUUUCAUGAAAUACACUGCACAUAGGCACUUUUGUUUUUCUGUUCCUUAGUAAUUUAUCUCCUAAAUCCUUUAGCACCUUUAUGUGACUCUGUCUGAGAUCCACUGUUAUCCGUCUCACCAGAUCAUACUAAAUGUAGAACACAAUCUGUUCCACAGAACCAGCCUCUGAUAGUUCUCAAUCAGGUACAGAGGCCCAGUGGUUUGCAGCAGCCGUACAUCUUUUUCUGGUUUUACAAGAUGUGCUUUAAAUAGCAUACGGAAAAAUGUAAAUGUAGUUUGUUAUGGUAUAUAUGAAUACUUAAAUCAUUGCACACUUUAUCUGAAUAUUUAAAUUUUAUUUGUAUCUUGUAGAAGGACUUCUUAAAUGAAAUAUAUUGAAAUACCUGUUACUUAUAUAUUUUUUUAAAAUAUAAUGGUAAAAAUAAAGGUCAGUGAAGUGAGCAUGAAUGGUUCUGUGACUGUUUAUGGUUUAAAAAAAUCCACAGAG